AUGCUCAAAGCAUGGGAAAAGUGCGGACACGAUAACGCCAAGCCGUUUGCAUCACAGGAUCACCAAACGGGAACAUACAGCUAUAUUCUCACCACGUACGACGAGAUCUGGGCCAGGGCCCUCGGUCGAUACUUCCCGACAGGCACAAGGCACCUGUAUGAGCUCAUCCACGAGGGCUCCUCUGUUCAUCUGUACAUCGACUUCGAGUUCGACCCCACCCUAAAUCCCAACCGGAAUCCGGAUGCUAUGGUCGAUGCUCUGCUAGAGGUGAUCGCCAGGCUACUAUACGACACAUACGAUGCACAGAUUGACGAGGGGGGGAUCGUCGAGUUAGACGCAUCCUGGUCAGGAAAGAUCUCGAGGCACAUUGUGGUACAUCUAAAAGACUGCGUGUUUUCCGACAACUCCUAUCAUCUGAAAUGGUUCAUGAACAAGAAGGGCCCGAUGGAAGAUUUUUUCGCCACACUCGUCUGCAAUACAAACGAUGAAGCACGCCAGCUGGAGUGCCCUCGGAUGGCCCUCCCCUUCCGUUCUCCUAGCUCGAGACCCAACUACCAGCACGAAGAUUCAACGGCAACUUACAGGGAGCUCUCAGAGUACGUCAAGGCCGUUGCUUCACAGAACGGUCGACAGGCCUUCAUACGCGCCAUGAAAGUGUACAACGGGAUCAUCUCCUACGAGAUUGCCGGCAACCACUAUUGCGCCAACAUCGGACGUGAACAUACCAGGAAUAACGUGUACUAUGUGGCGGACCUGCGCAGCGAAGAGUGCACCCUAACACAAAAGUGUCACGACUCUUACAGCUGCGACGGUUACCGGUCACCACCGCUACACAUCCCCCACGCCAUCGCGAAAGUUACAAGAGAGCAUCUCCAGAAAGCAAACGACGGUGCGUAUGCGGGCCUGCUCUUCGUUUUCGAGGGCUGA